AUGUCGUUUGCACCUACACAAGUCUUUGCGGAGGGGACCACCGAGGAAAAGGGUGAGAAUGCGCGUCUCGCUGCCUUCGUCGGGGCCAUUGCCGUCGGCGACCUGGUGAAGAGCACUCUCGGUCCCAAGGGUAUGGAUAAGAUUUUACAGUCUGCAUCCACCGGUGAAGUCAUGGUCACCAACGACGGCGCCACCAUUCUCAAGUCGAUUGCCCUCGACAACGCCGCCGCUAAAGUUCUUGUCAACAUUUCGAAAGUGCAAGAUGAUGAGGUUGGUGACGGUACAACCUCAGUUGCCGUCCUCGCUGCCGAGCUGCUUCGCGAAGCCGAGAAGCUCAUCGACAAGAAAAUUCACCCCCAGACCAUCAUCGAAGGAUACAGAAUAGCUAGCCAGGCAGCCCUCAAGGCUCUUGAGGCCUCCGCCGUCGACCACAGCAAAAACCCCGACGCGUUCCGCAAAGACCUCGUCGCCAUUGCCCGCACAACCUUGAGCUCCAAAGUCCUCGCCCAGGAUCGCGAGCACUUUGCCGAACUCGCUACCGAUGCCGUCCUCCGACUGAAGAAGUCCUCUGACCUAAGCCACAUCCAAAUUAUCAAGAAGCCCGGUGGUAAGCUGAGUGACUCGUAUCUGGAUGAAGGCUUCAUCCUGGACAAGAAGAUUGGCGUCAACCAGCCGAAGCGCCUGGAGAAAGCCAAAAUUCUUGUCGCCAAUACCUCCAUGGAUACCGAUAAGAUCAAGAUUUUUGGCGCCCGCGUAAAGGUUGGCUCGACUUCCAAGCUUGCUGAGCUUGAAAAAGCCGAAAAGGAUAAGAUGAAGGCCAAGGUGGACAAGAUCAAGGCCCAUGGCAUCAACUGCUUCAUCAACAGACAGUUGAUCUACAAUUGGCCCGAGCAGCUCUUUACAGAUGCCGAUAUCAUGUCUAUCGAGCACGCCGACUUUGAUGGCAUCGAGCGUCUGGCUCUCGUCACCGGCGGCGAGAUUGCUUCUACCUUUGAUCACCCGGACCAGGUCAAGCUGGGGCAGUGCGACCUAAUUGAGGAGGUCAUCAUCGGCGAAGACACAUUGAUCAAGUUUUCUGGCGUCUCUGCUGGCGAGGCCUGCACUGUUGUUCUCCGUGGUGCCAGCGAGCAUCUUCUCGACGAAGCUGAGCGAAGCUUGCACGAUGCCCUGGCCGUUCUAUCACAGACUGUUCGGGAACCCCGUACCACACUUGGAGGUGGCUGUGCCGAGAUGCUGAUGGCAAAGGCUGUGGAGGGCGCUUCGACAAGGGUCGAGGGAAAGCGCCAAAUGGCUGUUAACAGCUUCGCCACUGCGUUGACGCAGCUGCCCACAAUCCUCGCUGAUAAUGCGGGCCUGGACUCGAGUGACCUAGUGGCACGUUUGCGCAAUACAGUGUACAAGGGCAUGUCUACAUACGGGCUUGACCUGAUGACACCUGGCGGCGGACUUGCCGACAUGCGAGAUCUGGGUGUUAUUGAGAGCUACAAGCUGAAGAGGGCUGUUGUGUCAUCUGCCAGUGAGGCUGCAGAGCUCCUGAUCCGUGUGGACAACAUCAUUAGAGCUGCCCCGCGAGCCCGCGAACAGAUGUAA